AAUUGGCCUGUCCAGGAGAAUCAGUUACAAUGAGGCUUCAUGGGGAAUAUCACCAAUGUCUUGAGAUAACAGAAUCAUCUACAGAUUGUGAAUGUUUCUUUCAAGUGAACACAUUAAAUAAAAAUACCUUCUAUCGUCAGGCAUUUCAUGAUAUCUUUGAGAGUUCUGCCCACAUCCAUUACAAUUUUAUCCACAAAACUUCCUUAGUUAAACCAAAGCCCGAUAAUUAUUUGUGCCUCAGCAGUAUUCCGGGUUUUGAUUCGAAUGACUAUAUUUGGGAUUACGAGAAAUGGCUCGAUGUUGAAAAUGAAACUCAAGAAACUUUCUGGAAUUUCUACAUGCAUACAUAUGAAAGAAAUGAACCUGAUAAUGAAAAUAGCUACACCAGCUACACCGUAUUGGAUUCUCGUGGUCAAUGGGUCACCUUCAAUAACUACAACUGCAAAGCGUGCGUGAGUGUUGUGAAAAUUAUCACGCCAGAAAUAUAUGUUGUUUUUCACCAAGAACGUCAAGCUCUGGAAUUAAUUGUAUACUCUGAGGAAUUCUUAUGGCGCAGAGAUGAAGAUGAUUCAGGUGUAACGUGCUUUACGGAUGCAGGCGGCAAUACCUUGCUGACAAAUGUUAGAAAAGAUUUAAUAUGGAAAGAUAAGAUAAAGACAACAGACAUCAUUGGUCAAAGUAACAACUUCAUACGCGAGUACAUCACCAAAAGUAUUUACCAGCUUGAAUUUGAAUAUUCCACCCCGGGACAUUACUGGUGCGAAGGACUCUCCCUUCCGGAUUUUAAAGAAGUCAAAUCCCGACAAGUGGUUGCAUACGAGGAAUAUGAUGGCACUGUGUAUUCCUUCAGGGCAACUAUGAAUUGCAAUAAAUGCGAAAGAGGAUUUACGAAAAAGGAAUUAAAGGAAUUAUCUAAGAAUUUUAAGAGUUUCCUGAAGAAAUUUGACUCGCAUGAGAAGUUAUUUGGAGACGCUAAAGUCAUGCAGAUUAAGAAUAUUCCUCAGGAUUCAACCAAACUAGAGGUGAUCUUCCAUGUUGUGGUAGAAUAUAAUGAUUUCUCAUUUAACUGCCCGCAAAAUAUUACGCAUCACAUUUGCACUCUGUACGGAAUUCAGAGAGAUUUGGAGAUUAUCACGAGGAAUGCGUCUCACUCAGAAAAGCAUGAUCAAUUCAAGAAUAUUACUGUGAGACAUACAGCUUUUUGUCUGCCUUAUAGGUCCUCACAGACAAAUGAAGAUUACUGGAUGAGUGCAGAAAUUGGAGAGAGAUCUGUCCUCCAGAAUCUCUGUCUGACCACAAAUCUUCUGCCUGUUUAUCGAAUCUGUAAAGGGGACUUUAUCAUUGGGGCACAAUGGGAUGAAGAUCAUGUGCCAAUCUGCCAUGAAAUGGAAAUUCCAAAUUUAACACAAAAACUCUUCGAACUGGACAAUUCCAACAAGAAUUCAAGCACGAUCAUUGAUGAGAUGCAGGAGAUCGUUGAAGUUGAUUCGAGAGAGAUCAUUCCGGCUGAUCUGUAUAUUGUGGGGACUUUACUGAGGAAAUGUGCAAUGGAAGCAUCCAAUAUCAUUGAAUUUGGAUUGAAAGAAGUUGGAAAAAUACUUUCCAUUUUAAGUCACAUAAUGGAGGUAAAUGAAACAACCGCACGGGCAAGCCAGGUUCUCAAUUCUACUAAUGUACUUAUGGAUAUGAAUGAAAAGAUCAUCACGAGUGUUCUUUUAGAUGCUAGUAUUUCCAACAAAACCCUUCCAGGGAAUGAAACAAAUGAUCUAGGGGUGAUUGAGAUAAAAGCCAAGAACAUCAUAGUUUUCACGAUUAAUCCUUUUGUGGCAAAUGUAACCGGGAUUGCACUCUACCGAUCAUCAAAUCAAUCAAAUGAUAUAGAAGAUCUCAUUCCAAGGUAUUUAUAUGCAAACCAGGAUGCUACAGAACUAUUAAUGGACAAUGAAGAACUUGAAGUUGCAACUUUUGUACCGGAAGAUCUUUUACAACGAAUCAAUGAAAUUAAUCAAACUGCGUCAGGAAAUGUAACUUUGGCCCCUAAGCCUCCAUUAAGGAUCGUGAUCAUGGUAAAAGCGAAUGAUCGGCUAUACCAGGAGAACCGAAAUGUUUCAUACUUUCGAGCAAAUGGAAGGGUAGUUAGUGUAACUAUACCUGGAUAUGGACCUAAUUUGCCGUCAUUACUUCCGCUGAUUUUCCACACAUUAUAUGAGAUAACGAAUGAAACUAAUGCAUGUGGCUUUUGGGACUUUACUCCAACGAAUAAGAAUGGCACCAGCCAAUGGGCAACUAGAGGAUGUGAAUUCUUGUUGAGUUCACCGAAUUUGGAUCCUCCACUUGUCCUCUGUGGAUGCUCUCAUUUAACCGAUUUUGCCUCUCUUGUCAUGGGAGCCUACAAGAAUGACAUCCCACUUAAUAAACUAAGUAUUCACAAGAAUCAUUUAAUCGCUCUCGACGUCAUCACUACUGUAGGCUGUUCACUGUCAAUAGUAGGAAUCUGGGGAAUCUGGAUCACGGCGAUAUUCUUUAAGUCAUGGCGUCAGAGAACUGGAUCGAAAGUUCUUCUGCAACUCUCUGCUGCAAUUGCCCUUCAAAUGUUUCUAUUUCUCUUCAUAAAUGCCGAAUAUGUGCUAAAGGAUUAUCUUAAUGUGAACCAAAAGAUCAUCUGCAUCACUCUCGGUGCCUUGCUGCAAUAUUCCGUACUGGUUGUCUUCUCGUGGAUGCUCAUCAUUGCCUAUUUGCAGUAUCUCCGGUAUGUGGUUGUCUUUGGAAAUCGCAAACCAGCACACUUUACGAUCAAAUCAAUCAUCGUGGGAUGGAUUAUGCCCACUGUUCCCGUAUUCCUUGUCAUUGGCCUGGAUAUGACUUCCUAUCUACCACCAAAAAAAGACUUUCACGGAUUCUGUUAUCCACAAGGAAACUCUCUCUACCUUGGAAUCCUUCUUCCGAUAGCACUAAUCCUCGUCGCAAAUUUGGGCCUUUACAUUGCUGUAAUUUACAGUAUAACGCGAAAAAUGGAUGGUAGAAAGAAUUCAAGGAAGAAAAAGCAAAGGAUUCAAAAGGCCCAACUGAGGCUCUCGGUGUUUCUAUUCUUUCUUCUCGGCAUGACCUGGGUCUUUGGGUUUUUGAUCUACACCCAUAGAAGCCCUUACAUAAUCUUCGAAUACCUUUUUUGCCUGACAGCCACAAUCCAAGGAUUUGUGGUUUUUGUGUACUUUGUCAUCCUCGAUCCAGCCACGAGAAACCUCUGGGAGAAUUUUUUUUACAUGCUGUGUUGCAGAAGAUCCAAAAAUCGCAAUUAUUACCUUCAGUAACUAAUCUUAGAGCUACCAGAACUAAAAACCUAAUAAAGCUGUAUUCUAGACCAAAUCCUUUCAGCGAAUU